AUGUCGUCCCCUUCAUCAUCGGGUUCCGCUAAGAGAAAGCGUACCUCAACUCUACAAAGCUCGACAAAACAAUCUUCGACUGCAGACCUCCUCCAGCCAUCAUCUCGAGAUGCUUCAGGCGAAGACGCGGCGGACUCCGCUUCCCAAGCUGUUACCACUAUAAAGCACAAGAAGUCUGCAGCAUCUGCUGACUCGACCGGCGCAUCCAAUAAAAGACCAAGAACAAGAUCCAACGCAGCGGACGGUUCCACCAGCAAUGGUGCUAUCCCGAGUAUCAACAACGCGGACGCCGAGGACAGUGAAAAUACAGUUGAGGAAGGAGGCCGCACGAAACGCAGGACAAAGAGUUCUUCCAACAAACAGCGGCCAGACUUGAACACGGCAGAUCGCAAAGCAAUGCCUCCGCCAGCUAAAGGAGGUUUGCAAGAUCCCGUUGGAUUCCACACCAAUCCACCACCCACAGGUCGGCCAGUGCGAAUCUACGCUGAUGGGGUCUUUGAUUUGUUCCAUCUUGGGCACAUGCGGCAAUUGGAGCAGGCAAAGAAUGCUUUCCCCGACGUAUAUCUUAUGGUGGGAGUCACUGGCGACGCGGAGACGCACAAACGCAAGGGCUUGACGGUCCUAUCUGGUGCCGAACGAGCAGAGACUCUCCGCCAUUGCAAAUGGGUCGACGAAGUCAUCCCGAAUUGUCCCUGGAUAGUGACACCCGAUUUCCUAGAGAAACACAAGAUUGAUUACGUGGCUCACGAUGACUUGCCCUAUGGAGCGGAUGAGGGAGACGAUAUCUACACACCCAUAAAAAGAGAGGGCAAAUUCCUAGUCACGCAAAGGACAGAGGGCGUUAGUACCACAGGGAUCAUCACAAAGAUUGUCAGAGACUACGAGAAAUAUAUCGCUCGUCAAUUCAAACGCGGCACAUCUCGCCAGGAAUUAAAUGUCUCAUGGCUCAAGAAGAACGAGCUUGAUCUAAAACGCCACGCUAUGGAGCUACGUGAUAGCGUUCGAAACAACUGGUCUACCACAGGCCAGGAGCUCACCAAGGAGCUGCGGCAAUUCUGGCAGAGCAGUAGGCCCGGCAGCCCUGCGAGGGGCCUUGGUAGGAACGGUAGCGAUGCUGACCUAGACCGUUCCGGAGGCCAGAAAUCGAGUCCUGCAGCUCUUGCGCAUCUAGCGCACCUUGAUAUUCCGAGACCAGAGAGCCCUGGUGGCGGUCGUGGGGCAAGCAGCGACUUUGCAACAGGUUACAGCCUAGGUCUGAUUGGGGGUGUGAGAUCUUGGAUGACCCGAAGUCGUACCUCCCUGCGUGGAAGUCAGCCUGAUAGUGGCGAAAGCGAGGACGACAGCUCUGACGCAAAGAGUCCAAAGGAGGAAAAGACGCCCUCGAGAGGGAGAAGAGGAGAGCCUUCAAACGCGGAAGUUGCCGACAUGAUGGAUACCAAGGCUUGA